AUGUCUGAAAAUAGAAGACGUAGACGUGAAAUCGAUGAUGACGUUGAUUCUGAACCAGACUUGCCGCCAUCCUCACCACAACAAACAGCUAGAAGUCUGGGUCUAGGUGCAAACUCUUCUCCUAUUGGAUCUCCCUACUAUGGUGAUGAGGAUCAGGAUAAUGAUAUGAUUAACCCUGAAGGUGAUGAUAACGAAAUUGAUGAUGACCCUGAUAUUGACGAAGUAGAAGAACGAAUGAAUCAGGUUGAUCUGAUAGAUGAUGAUAUGUAUAGGGAUUAUGCACUUGAUCCGGAAAAAGAUAGAUAUGAUACAAAUCAACUAGAUGAUACUGCACAAAGAGAACUUACAUUAGGUGAACGUCGUCGUAUUGAUGCACAGUUAAAUGAAAGAGACAGACUUUUAAAAAAUGCAGCAUACAUGGAAGAUGAGGAGGAAGAUGAAAUGAAUAAUGAAUUAGAUGCUAUGGGGCUACCGGUUCAAAGAAGAAGACGCAGAAGACAAUAUGAAGAAUUUGCACAUAGUUAUGAUGAUUUAUUAAGUGAUAUGGAAAUUGAUCCAUUGACAGAGGAAUUAACUCUUGAGUCGCUAAGUAAUGUAAAAGCUAAUAGUUAUUCAGAAUGGAUUACUCAACCGAAUGUUUCCAGAACAAUUGCAAGAGAAUUAAAGUCUUUUCUUUUAGAAUAUACUGAUGAAACCGGAAGAUCGGUGUAUGGUGCACGAAUUAGAACUUUGGGUGAAAUGAAUUCGGAGUCAUUAGAAGUUAACUAUAGACAUCUGGCAGAAUCUAAGGCUAUUCUUGCUUUAUUUUUAGCUAAAUGUCCAGAAGAAAUGUUAAAAAUUUUUGAUUUAGUUGCUAUGGAGGCCACUGAAUUGCAUUAUCCUGAUUAUGCCAGAAUUCAUUCCGAAAUUCAUGUUAGAAUAUCAGAUUUUCCUACCAUUCUUAAUCUACGUGAGUUAAGGGAAUCUAACCUUGGUUCUUUGGUACGUGUAACUGGUGUAGUAACAAGAAGAACCGGCGUUUUCCCACAGUUAAAAUAUGUAAAAUUUAAUUGUUUGAAAUGUGGUACUGUGUUGGGUCCAUUCUUCCAAGAUUCUAAUGAAGAGAUAAAGAUUUCAUUCUGCACCAAUUGUAAAUCAAAGGGACCAUUUUCAAUAAAUGGCGAAAAAACUGUAUAUAGAAAUUAUCAAAGAAUUACAUUGCAAGAAGCUCCAGGAACAGUCCCUGCAGGUCGUUUACCAAGGCGUAGAGAGGUUAUUUUAUUAUCAGAGCUGGUGGAUGUUGCUAAACCAGGCGAAGAAAUCGAAGUUACAGGUAUUUACAAGAAUAAUUAUGAUGGUGGAUUAAAUGCAAAAAAUGGGUUUCCUGUUUUUGCUACUAUCAUUGAGGCAAAUUCUGUUAAAAGAAGGGAAGGUAAUCUUGCAAACCCUGAAGAAGAAGGUUUGGAUGUAUUUAGUUGGACUGAACAAGAAGAAAAAGAAUUUAAAAAGCUUUCUAGAGAUCGUGGUAUUAUUGAUAAAAUAAUUUCAUCUAUUGCACCAUCUAUAUAUGGUCAUAGAGAUAUUAAAGUUGCUAUUGCAUGUUCUUUAUUUGGUGGUGUUCCAAAAAAUGUGAAUGGAAAACAUUCCAUCCGUGGUGAUAUUAAUGUAUUACUGUUAGGUGAUCCAGGUACGGCGAAAUCGCAAAUACUUAAAUAUGUAGAAAAGACUGCUCAUAGAGCAGUUUUUGCAACUGGUCAAGGUGCUUCUGCUGUAGGUUUGACAGCUUCUGUCAGAAAAGAUCCAAUCACCAAAGAAUGGACAUUAGAAGGUGGUGCAUUGGUUUUGGCGGACAAAGGAGUAUGUUUAAUUGACGAAUUCGAUAAGAUGAAUGAUCAAGAUCGUACUUCAAUUCAUGAAGCUAUGGAACAACAGAGUAUUUCCAUCUCAAAAGCAGGUAUUGUGACAACAUUACAAGCACGUUGUUCUAUUAUUGCAGCAGCCAAUCCUAAUGGUGGGCGUUAUAAUUCCACAUUACCGUUAUCCCAAAAUGUUAAUUUAACAGAACCUAUUUUAUCUAGAUUUGAUAUACUAUGUGUAGUGAGGGAUUUAGUAGAUGAGGAAGCAGACGAAAGAUUAGCUACAUUCGUUGUUGAUUCUCAUUUCAGAUCACAUCCAGAUAAUGAAGAAGGGGUAGAUGCUCCAGAAGAAUCUGUGGAUGGUAUUGAUAAUCUCGAUGAUGGUGAAUAUGUUUCCGUAAGACAAAGGACCUUAAAAAGACAAAGAAAAAAAGAAGAAGAAAUAUCUCCUAUUCCUCAGGAGUUGUUAAUGAAAUAUAUACAUUAUGCUAGGACCAAAAUACAUCCUAAGUUACAUCAAAUGGAUAUGGAUAAGGUUAGUAAGGUGUACGCUGAUUUAAGAAGAGAAAGUAUAUCCACAGGAUCAUUCCCAAUUACAGUACGUCAUUUAGAAUCUAUAUUAAGAAUUGCCGAAUCUUUCGCUAGAAUGAGACUCUCAGAAUUUGUUUCUUCGUGGGAUUUAGAUAGGGCUAUUAAAGUUGUUGUUGAUUCUUUUGUUGAUUCUCAAAAGAUUAGUGUACGUCGUCAACUACAUAGAUCUUUUGCCAUUUACACUCUUGGCCAAAACUCUAAAAGCUAG